GAGCCGUUUCUGAACAGACUGUGUGUCGGAGGGAGCGAACGCACCCAAUGUAAACGCACUUCCUCCUGCAGGUUCAUGUGACACCCCAGUGCUGGCGGUAUCAGUGUUCAAGUGGCUCCGAUACAUUGUAACGGCGUGAUGGUGGCGAUGAACAGCGCCGGGUCCGCCAAGGUGCUGCUGAUCCCCGGGGGUGGGAAGCAGAACGGCCUGGAGAUCAGUCGACACAUCUCGGUGGUGUACCCGCCCCGGAGCGGCUCGCAACACGACUCGUCCCCGGUUCAGCCGGCGGCCGGCCACGUCCAUAGGAAAAGGCAGCGGCUCACUCACCUUAGCCCCGAGGAGAAGGCUUUGCGGAGGAAGCUAAAGAACAGAGUGGCGGCCCAGACUGCCCGAGAUAGGAAAAAAGCUCGAAUGUCUGAACUGGAAGAGCAAGUGUUGGAGAUGGAAUCUGAGAAUCAGAAACUGCAAAUAGAGAACCGGCUUCUGCAUGAGAAGACGCACAGUCUGUUGUCUGAGAACCGCAUUCUGCGACAGAAACUAGGCAUGGAAGUUCUGGACACAGAGAAAGAGAAGGUACUUCUCCAGGCCAGAGUGGAUGAAAUCAGCCUGGCGGCUGGGUCGGCUGAGUCCGCAGCACUCAGACUACGUGUGCCUCUGCAGCAGGUGCAGGCCCAGCUGUCUGCCAGUAUGACAGCUUCCACAUGGAUACUGACAGCAAUAACUCUUCAGACUCUGAGUCUGAUCUCUUCCUGGGCUUUCUGGACUACCUUGACCCAGAAGCUUUGCUCAGAUUCAGUGAAGAAGAGUCAAGAUCUCUUGCUAACCUGGGAGAGUGUACCUACAAUGAAGCUAAUAGUUCCCUACCUGGCUCCUGCUCUGGUGCUCUGGGGACCCCAUCAACAAAGCUGGAAGCCAUUAAUGAACUGAUCCACUUUGACCAUUUCUAUCACAAGCCUCUUGCUGAAGACAGCUUGGUACAGAGAAGUGAUACUGCCAUCAAAAUUGAACAAGCAUCUUUCAGUGGCAAAGAUGAAAGAAU